UCGAUCUACAAAGCUGCGCAAACAUUGCCGAAUUCCAAUAUUAAAACAGUGGAACUACCUGUUAAUUACAACAACUACCGCAGAGGUGUUUUGGUAUAAAAGCCAUCACAGAUUUCCAGAUAAGACACACAUCACCAUGCGCUUCUCAUUCGUUCUGCUCCUCGCGGUCCUCGGCUGCUUCCUGCUGGCCAAGGAGAGUGGCGCUACAGGCUCUUCCACAACCACCGUAGCUACAACCACCGCCGGGACUACAACCACCACCGCAGCUACAACCACCACUUCCGCGUCGGCCACUACGACUACAGUCGCUCCCGACACCACCACCACCACAGUAGCAUUGGACACGACCACGACCACAACGUCCUCAUCAGCUGGUUCGUCAGGCUCGAGCGCGGCAGCGGCCAGGCGUCGCAGACGUCGUCGUCUUGCCCAACAGCGCCAGCGCCGUGAGCGCCAGAGGCAGCGCCAGAGGCAGCGCCAGACCCAGAGGCUCCGCAACCGGGUCAGGAACCAGCGCCGCGUGAUCAACCAGCUCGAAGGAUAA